CACACACACACACACACACACACACACACACACGCCAUCAAGCCCCACAGAAAAUAAACCUGUCAGGCGAAGUUAACAGGCUGGUCAGACCCGAAUAAACCAGGUCUGCUCGGAUAUAACUGCACAGAGUGCCGGCUCUGGCCUAGGCUGCAGCCAUGCCUCUUCUGGAAGAGACCACUCUGCCACAAGAGCGACCACCCACUGUUCCUGUGGUCAUUAUAGGCAAUGGUCCAUCCGGUAUUUGUCUAUCCUACCUGCUAAGUGGACAUAAGCCAUACCUAGAUAGAGCAACAGUUCACCCAAACCCGAUACUAUACAGGAAAUUACAGGAGUCCAAGAAACUAUCCAUCACUGAACAGGAUAUGGAAUAUUUGAGUGAAGGUCUCGAGGGGAGGUCAAGGAACCCAGUGGCUGUGCUUUUUGACACACUUCUGCACCCUAAUGCUGAUUUUGGCUACGAGUUCCCCCCUGUCCUUCAGUGGAAGAGGGACAAGCAGCAACACAUCCCACAUGUGGUCCUGGGGAGGGCAACACCUGGAGGUGCUUGGCAUGCAAUGGAAGGCUCAAUGCUGACUAUUAGUCUUGGCAUCUGGAUGGAGCUUCCUGGGGUUAACUAUAGGGACUUGACUAAUGGGAAACGCAGAGAUGUGACCAGUGACAGAGCCACCCCAGAGGAGAUCUCGUCCUAUUACCGUAACUAUGUGAAGCUGAAGGGCCUCCAAAAGAAUUUUAUCGACAACACCUACGUGACCUCUGUUCAGAAACUCUGCCGGGGGCAGGAGGGGGAAGGUCUGGAAAAUAGGCACACUGAUGAAGGAGAUGGAGGGGUGGGAGAUGGUGGCAAUCAAGGCUUUGAGGGUAACAGGGUUGAGUGUAUAGACAAGGGAGGAGGGGGGACUCUUUGGGAAGUAAGGGGAUACCAGCAGGUGCAGAGCGACACUCAUGUCCCCUUCUCUCUGUUUGCUGAGAAUGUGGUUGUGGCCACCGGUGCGGCCGAUUCACCAGUUCACUUAGGCGCAGAGGGGGAAGACCUACCAUUUGUAUUCCACAGCAUCUCAGACCUGGGUUUCGCCAUAAGCCGGAGAAAACUGGAUAUGAACUCUGAUCCAGUUUUAAUCGUAGGUGCCGGUUUGAGUGCUGCAGAUGCAGUUCUUUGCGCUUGUGGCAGCAACAUUAGAGUGCUGCAUGUCUUUCGUAAAAGCGUGGACAACCCAGACCUCAUCUUCAAACAGCUGCCCAAGACCCUGUACCCUGAGUACCACAAAGUCUACAACAUGAUGUCCACUCAGACCUACACUAACGUGGCUCCCUCCUGUUCUGAAGACAGACCCCAGGCAUUUAGUAUUGCCUCAUCAGUAUGUGCCAAGAUGUGCCCAAAGCCCCAGUUUGCUGCAGGUAACAUGGCUGGUACUGCAAGUGUCGGCCUGUUUCCUGACUACACAAGUUUCCCUGAACACUGCGUGGUGUCCUUCCAGUCUGACAUGACGUGUUUGCUGCAGGGGAACGACUCCCUCAAGGCUUUCAAGAUCUCCAUGGCCCUAGUGCUGAUUGGGACCAACCCAAACUUGUUUUUCUUGAAGGGGAACGGCCAGUACCUGGGUCAGGAUCCAACAAAACCCAUCUCCUGCACGCAGAACCCCAUUGACAUCCACCCCUACACCUAUGAGUGUACCAAUGAGCCAGGUCUCUUUGCCAUGGGACCGCUGGUGGGAGACAACUUUGUUCGCUUUUUGAAGGGUGGCGCUUUAGGCAUCGCCUCGUGUCUUCUAAAGAGACUCAAGAAGAAAGGGAAGCUCAUCAGCAACGGAGGGAAUAACUUCAUUUGAAACUAAAUGGAGAAAAGAGCGGUAAACGUUGGUCCCAAAGUACAGAAUAAAGGCGCUCAAACAGGCUGAUGUAAAAGGUGAAGCAGAAAACAAGGAUUUUAACGUUUAAAUCAUUUAGGCAGUUUUUUCAUCAAAGCUAAGGAAUUUUUACAACUUUAUGAGACCAAAAAGACAAUGGAUGUACAAGUAUUAGUUUCUAAAGGAACAAAAGACAGCUUUCAAGAGUCUUGUCUGACUUCAUCAGAAGUCCCCAUAAGUCCAAGCUACCAUGUGCCAAUGUUUUUCAGUCAAUCUGUAACCUCACAACUGAAUGGGACCUUUCUUUUCAUCAGGGUUAUUUAUUUGUUCACCAUGUGUCUUUCAUUUCAUUUACUAACAACAGUUCUAUGGCUGCCAUAUCACACUUUAAUUCUUAUUUUAGCUUUAUAUGCUCCAAAAAUAGAGGCCACUGCGCUCAUUUGCCAUGCAACUUAUGGCUUAUAGUUAACAACCUGGAGUGGUGAGUUUUUUGGAAUUGUAAACGCACAAAAAAGUCUCUCAGAAUUUAACAGUCUCAAUGUUCCUGAUUAUUCUGAGCCAUCUUUUUUAACUUCAGAAUUCUUUGCUAAGAUGCUAUUGUAGGUAGUUGGAGCCAUAUAUCGGAAACAUUUUAAAAAGUCAAAUAAAAAAUAUGCUUUAGUGAUACUUUCUAUGCAAACAUUUAACUUGCAGAUCUGAAUGUAUUCUUGGGCCAUUUACAACGUAACUAGAAUAUAGUUAAAAAAUGAUUACGACUCUCGCCUUCAAAAUGUUUCUAAACAUUUAUCUAAACCACAAUGGCAACACUUUGUUAAUUUGUCAAUUACUGGAAGUGAAUCAAUGUAGUCAUAUUAUGUUUCUAUAAUUUAUGAAAUAUGGAAAACAACUUUAUUUACUCCACAAAACAUAGAAAUAGCAAAAUCAGACUUCUGGAAAUAUAUAUUUAUAAAGACACAACACAGUUCAUUUCCAAAAUUACAGGUUAGAUUUAAGAAGGAAGACUUGUAGGGCUAAUUAAUUUCUUACUAUUAUAUCGACUUUGGUUUACUGUCCAACUCUACGUGUUUGUAAAUAAAAAAAUCUUCUUCCAUUUUUUCUAAAUCAGCUUCAAAGCAAGCAGCCAAUUUUCUGUGUCAAACAAUAUAGAGGUUAUGAGCAGAGACAGUAGCAAUCUUUUCUACAUUUACAGCUUUUCCUUUCUUUAAGUCAUUUGAAUAAUGCAAAAGUGUGAUGCCCUAUUGAACGCAUUUUUUUUUUUGGUGUGUGUGAUGGUCAUGCUCAUGGUUUGUUUGUUUUGAUGGGACACUUUGAUUUUUUUGUCCGACCCUUUUAAUUCAAAAUGUUAGUCAGUCAGUGUUGGGGUUAUUGCAUUACUAAUACACAUGUUGCUGUAGUCUUAUUACUUUUUCCACUAACAAAGUUAGUAGUUUAACACGGAAAAUGCUUUGGUAAUCAUAUAACAGUUAACUAAUGAAAAUGUUGUUACUCAUGUUAAAUAUUGCAUUUUAUUCCUUAAUGCUUUUUCACUGACUAUUGUUUUGAUACGAAUAUUAAAUAUAUGCAUGCAGGCAUGAACAAUUGCCUAGCAGCAGCUGCUCUGAGCAGAAGACAGUGCUAUGUGGACAUGCGUAGAAGAGUACAUUUAAUGACAGAGGGGACAGGGUCACUUAAAGUGGAAUUAACUCUUAUUACUGUUAAUGUGUAAGUAACAUAAUCAAGGUUAGACGAUACUCUCUAUAAGCAAUAUUCUCGCUUAAUGAAGAUUAAUGCCCCAAGCAAUGUGUAUGUAACCAAAUAAUUAACAUUUAAAGGCAGAUUUGUACGAAUAUUAGAAAGCAGGCUCUAUUAACAAAGUAAUUAGAAAAUGACCCUAUUGUACUUUAGGGUGAAUAACUGUUUUAAGGCCUGCCUCCUUCUUCCUUUUGGCACUGUGAUACCCAUUUCCUUGCUGCAGUAAAAAUAGAGUAAACUCAACUCAUAUGUGGCACUUGCCUUGAAAAUGAAUAGACAGGUGGGCUUUGACUACCUGCACAGAAAGGCCAUAAUUGUUUUGGCAUGAAGUGGAGUCAACAGCACAGUUUUUCAGAUCUGUAAAAGUGCCUGAAGGCUCAUCAGAGAUCGUUUAAGCAACAGCAACUUGAAUCCAUCAUAAGUUUGCUAGUUUAGCUAACACUAAGGGAUAGCUGCUUUCAGCAUGUAGAGUUGAAAUGCUCUGGUACAAUUAAAGAGUUUUUAAUGUUUGUAAAUCGCAUUUUUUAUUAUUGGACAAAUAAAACUUUA